AUGCCGUUCCCGUCGCAGCCCGUCACAACGAGGGCUUUACUGCGAACCGAGGAACAUGCAGCCGCUCACUUAGUGCUGGCAAAACGCGGCGACGUCCUCCUUGAGCUGAGCAAGGACGGGGCAGCGGCGGGCACAUUGCUCGUCUCUUCUAUCGUCCUCGGUCUCGCGUCUCCGAUCUUUGACGCCAUGUUCAACGGCAGUUUUGCAGAAGGACAAGGCCUUUCUGCUGCUUCGCCAAAGAAGAUCGCGCUUCCUGACGAUGAUUCGACGGCCAUGACACUUUUCUGCAAAAUCGCCCAUAUGCAAACUACACGCUUGAACAAUACGCUUUCCUUUGAUACCCUCGCCGAUCUUGCCGUUGUUUGCGACAAGUACAGGUGUACUGAGAGCGUGCGCCCAUGGCUUCAGCUUUGGAUCCACAAACGACUUGCGAACCCUGGAGCCGACAAAUUCGAGAAAUUGAUCUUCGUCGCAUAUGUCUGCGAUCUUCCAAAAGAGUUCGAGGAGGUCACCUUGGCUUGUCUCCGUAGCCGUACCUACAUUGGAGAAAUGUGCAACAUAACACAUGGCUUCGACAUUGUCCCUCUGCAGAUCAUCGAUGAGUUGCGAUGUAAAUCUGAGCAUGCGUACACCACCCUACGAAACAAGCUUGAUGUCUAG